GGCAGCAGCGCUCACUUCCAGCGGAUAGGAAGGUCACCUCCCCUUACCUCCACUCACCGAAGGAGCCUGUCAGCUGGAGUUGAGAGUCAUCUCUACAGCUAUUUUACAAUAAACAUGGAUAAUUUUGACAACUACGGCGCGUCCGAGAAAGCAGAGGCGUCGGAGCUUCAGCGUAUGAUCGCCAUAGAGCAGCAGAAAGCGCAGUUCCAGGCCCAGGUUGGUACUCUGAGUAUGCUAACCAUGCUCAUGUGUUUAGCUUUAAGCUUUAAGAGUGAGGCCGCAUGCUGCUAAGAAACUCAGCGUCAACUUCAAGCUCCUUUUACACAGAAGGGCUCUAAUUGUCGAAUAUGAGACUUGAAAUUUUGCUGGGUUCAUGUCACUUUUAUAUUUUCACACUUAAAUAUGUUUUUGCGCUUAAGAAAUUCAGUUUGGUAUUGCCUUGGCCAGAUAUAAAACUUAUACAUUUCUUGUAACCAAUACAUCAUGUAUAAACAAAAUGUGUACCAGAUAAAAGACCAAGGUCUCAGGUAUCUAUUUCAUAUUCCUGUCAUUUUCAUAUCUUGUGCCAGUGCAGAGUUAUAAGCAAUCAAAUAAAGAACAUAAACAUGUAACAUGUUGCCAUUGGGUAAGUUGUCCCACUACAUGGGGUAAGAUGUCACAGUGGAUUUUGCAGCUUAUAAAACAAGGACAAAAUAAUCGUUCUCAUUUCUUUUUUACAUGAAACUGAACAUCAGAGUCAGUCACAGAAAAUGUUUAUCAUUGAACAUAGCCAUUGAACAAACGUUAUUAUAAAAUAUUAUGCAACAUGCUCUGGAGUUUGGAGAGCUGUCUGACUCUGUAUUUCUGCUGGGGUGAAUGUUUGGCAGUACCGAGCCAAGGUAUAUUAGUUAAGUCCUUUAUUGUACUGUUUACUUUGGGUUGCGUGAAAUGAUUAAUUGGCCUCAUCUCAGCUCACAAUGUGCUCUUCUCUUCUCAGACAAGACACGACCCCUGAUCAUGUAAAGGAACAAAACUAGUAUCCCACUUUUUAGUUGUGCCCUCUGGUGGCAAAGAUGAUUACAUGUGGUCGCACCUGAAAAUGACAUUUCCAAGUAAAAGUUUCUUCCUCACAUGAAUAAAAGUUUUGCUGGUUUAUUCCAGGUGCACACUUUCACUGACGUCUGCUGGGAUAAAUGUGUUGACACGCCGGGGUCAAAGCUGGACUACAGGACAGAGACAUGUCUGCAGAGCUGUGUGGAGCGCUUCAUCGACACCACCCUGACCAUCACCAACCGCUUCACACAGAUGGUGCAGAAAGGAGCUCAUUAAUGACAGUAGUGGACUUGCAAUGCCAACAGGACUGAAAUCUUUUGUAUUCUGAUCAUGUUAGUAAUGAAGACGUUUUUACUUCGAUUACUGUGUGUGCUUCAGAGUGGUGGAGCUUCAGAGGUUUAAAAAGUGAUUUAAAUGAAAACUGCAUGGAUGUUAUGGUGAAUGGCUGCUGAAAAUACCUGUUCAAAUGUAGAAAUUUAUGUGAUGUGAUGAUAGUAAAGUGAAACUUUACACUCAGGUUCUCUGUCUGUGAACUUUCAUGCAGGUCAUUGAAAUAUAGGUAAAUAAAUAGAGUAAAUCUGGUUAAAAAUACAGAGACAUCUAGGAUGUUCACUUGGUGUGUCAGCAUCAUGUUGUAGAAAAAGAAAAAUACACAGAAGAGCUUAUUCAUACCACAUUUAAUAGUUAUUUAUACAUUUUAAUGAGUAAUAAAUGGUAUCUUAAAGGCAUUACUUGAAGACAUUUUUUUGCAUUUGGCUGCCACAUGUCCACCAUAACUGCAUGAAAUGUCUUCAGACAACACAAUAAACUUUAAAUAAAUGUUGUACUGUAAUACAAAUGAACAGAUGAUCUCAUUUAUUGUCAGUGUUACAAUAUUUUAAGCAAUAGCUGUUGUUAGUGUGGAGUGUUUGGGAGCGGUAGAAAAUUUUAUUAAAAACGUCUAAAAAGAUGAAACCUUUUCCUAAACUAAAUCUCUUGCAUCUUGUCCUCGGAAGAUUAUUAUAAAACAUUUAACCAUUGGCCAAAAAUAGAACAUUGAACAACUGGAAAGGACACAACUCCUGAGUUAAAAACAACAUGGGGACCAAAAUACCAAACACUUAAAACUCCCAGAGGUAACUUUUAGUUUGUGUCCAUUUUCUGCCCUCCUGUGGGCAAAGAUGUACAUUAUAUAACUGUGGUGGUCUUGUCCCUGUUUUGCUAAGAUGGCACUUGGUACUGCUAUCGGUGCUACUUUUUUGACAUAAAAAAAGUACUGUUUUGUCUGA